AUGGCCCUGGUCUCCCUGGGCCUGCUGCCGGGGCUGGCGCGGGGCGACUGCUGGCUCAUCGAGGGGGAGAAGGGCUACGUGUGGCUGGCCAUCUGCAGCAUGAACCAGCCGCCCUACGAGACCUUCCCGCAGCAGAUCAACAGCACGGUGCACGACCUGCGGCUGAACGAGAACAAGAUCAAGGCCAUCUUCUUCAGCUCGCUCAGCCGCUUCACCAACCUCACCGACCUCAACCUCACCAAGAACGAGAUCUCCUACAUCGAGGACGGGGCCUUCACCAGCCAGGCCAAUCUGCAGGUGCUCCAGCUGGGCUACAACAAGCUGACCAACCUGACGGAGGGCAUCCUCCGCGGGCUGGGCCGCAUGAACAGCCUCUUCCUGCAGCACAACCUCAUCGAGGUGAUCGCCACCAACGCCUUCUGGGAGUGCCCCAGCCUCAGCAGCCUGGACCUGUCCUCCAACCGGCUGGCCAAGAUCAACCCCAGCACCUUCACCUCGCUCAACCAGCUGAUCGUGUGCGAGCUGGCAGGCAACCCGUUCCACUGCGACUGCGAGCUCUACCGCUUCCUGAGCUGGCUGGAGGCCUUCAACAACGUCACGCACACCUACGACCGGCUGCAGUGCGAGACGCCCAAGGAGCUGAACACUUUCCCGCUCCUGAGUCCAGUGCCGGGCCACGGCCGCAACGCCAUGGCCGUCCUGGGCUACAAGUGCGGGGAAGGCGGCGGGAUCAGGACCUCCCUCCCGCCGUUUCCCGACGGUUCGGGGGUGGGUCCGGACCUCGACCCGUUCCACGAGCCGACCGUCGAGUCCACGUCUAACCCCACCUACAGCAUCAGCCUGAAGCUGCAGUCGGUGGGGCCGUACUCGGCCACACUGCUGGUGCAACUCCCGAGCCCCUUCAAGAAGAUGUACGUCCUAACAAAGUACAACCACACGAGCCCGUCCGACAUGAGGAACCUCAAGCUGAAACGAGAGGAGGUCAUACUGCGAGACCUGUUGCCGCACACCAACUACACCUACUGCGUGGCGUCCAUCCGCAACUCGCAGCACUACAACCACACGUGCGUGGAGUUCGCCACGCGGGUCGCCACGCCUCAGGACCUGCGCGCCAGCCGAUCCACCACCACGCACUACAUCAUGACCAUCCUGGGCUGCCUGUUCGGCAUGGUCAUCGUGUUGGGCCUGGUGUACUACUGCCUGCGGCGGCACCGUAUGCAGGAGGAGCGGGACAAGGCCAUCAGCGUCAAGAAGACCAUCCUGGAGAUGCGCUACGGCCCCGAGGCAGCGGCGUCCGUGGGCAACGACCCCGCCGCGCUGCAGAAGCUGCACGAGCAGACGCACCACCAGCACCAUCACGGCGGCAGUGGUGGCGGCAAAAUGAUGCCCUCGUCCACGUCGUCCAGCCUGGGCAUGCUGCACAGCUCGGCCAACACUAGCACAUCUCGUCUCUCCACCUUGCCGCAAGUGGAGAAGAUGGCCACAGCGUUCACAGAGGCCAUUGCGAGUAAGGGGAACUACAUGGACAUACGCACCUCUGCAGGUGGGGACGUCUGCGAUGGGGGAAUUGUGGGGCCGGGUGCGGAGAUCAUGCGAGGGGAGAAUGGGCUCAACGGAGGGGAGGAUUCUGACGACGACGGCCGGGGAUCCACGUCGGAGAUUUCCACGAUCGCCAAGGAGGUGGACAAGGUCAAUCAAAUCAUCAACAACUGCAUCGACGCGCUCAAACUCGACACGGUAGCUGUAGGGGUGGCCGCGGUGACCACGGCGGACAACGCGGUACCUCCGUCGCCCGUUUGCAUCACAACCCUGCCCCAGAGGCUCAUCCCUCUGUCGCCCGCUAUCACCGAAUCUUCCCUAAUCCUGGCAUCCCCUAAAAUGAUCCCCCCACCCCCUGUCCCUCUUGUCCUGCCCCUGUCCGAGCGUCCUGGCAUCAGCGGAGGGGGGUUCCUGUCCCCUCCGUACCGGGACCCUCCCCCUGCGACGGCCGCGCGGCCCCUUCAGCGGCAACUCAGCGCCGACGGAGCCGUGGUUGCCGUCGUGCCUCCCGGUGGCGGAAAACCGCGCUGCAGCGUCUCUUCAUCCAGCGGAGGCUCAGUGAAGAGUGCCCGCCUGUACGGCCUGGACGUGCAGGAGUCAAGGAGCCCUGACGGCAGCUGCAAAAAAGGAGUGAGCAGCCCGGCGCGCUGCGGCGGGGAGGGUCCCCUAGAGAGGCUCCCCCUGGUGGUGCCCCCCGGGGGGGUCCAGGGAGGAGGAGGCAUCGGAGGCGGGGGAGUCAGUGACACAAACGGGGGAGGAGGUGGUGGCGGUGGGGGCAGUGGUGGUGGGGGUGGCUGUGGUGGCAGCGUCGGUGGAGGUGGAGGCACUAGGCAGCAGACGCAGCUGCAGCAGAUACAGCAGCACCACCUAGAGGUGCACCCUGACUACCACUGCUCAGAACACCGGCACUCCUUCCCCGCCCUCUACUAUGAGGGGGGCGCCGACUCCCCCACCACUGUCCACAAGGCCUCCUUCCUUAAGCCCCUUGGUGGGCGCGGCAGCGGGGGCGGCAGUGCCAAGGGGCGGGACGGCUCGGCCGCGGCUUACGCCCAGCUCUCGCCGCGCCACCACAACUACUCGGGCUACUCGUCCAGCCCCGAGUACUCGUCGGAGAGCACGCUCAGGAUCUGGGAGCGUUUCCGGCCAUAUAGGAAGAGCCCCCGAGAGGAGGCGUACAUCGCGGCGGGCCACGCGCUGCGGAAGAAGGUGCAGUUCGCUAAAGACGAGGAUCUGCACGACAUCCUUGACUACUGGAAGGGGGUCUCGGCCCAGCAGAAACUGUGAAGUUUUUGCGUUUGGGGCAACGGGGAGUUGAUGAGAGUGGAGGGUGUUGUUGGCUACUGGAAGUGGGUUGCAACCCUACAUAAACUGGGAGCAGAAGUCAAUUGGGAGUUGCGUCCUUGAGGGUGGAGAGUGGUUUCACACCAACAACAGAAGCAGCAGCAGUAGUAGUAGUGGUAGUAGUUGUAGUUGUAACACCAAGAUAUG